AUGUCGACGGCCGACGAUUCCUGUGGUCUUAUGUUCCAGAUGGACUUUGAAGAUGAGGAGCUCGGGGAGGAUUCGAAUCAAAAACGAAUUCUCACGCUCCGUGAUCUGAAGAUUCAAGACGACAAGAAGUCAACCGACUAUUCCUGGCACGACGACUACAAUUACAUCUCCAGCCUGGCCGUAGGAAACAAGGGUUCGUUGUUUGGUUCAUAGCAACAUGGAAAAAUCAUAGUUGAUAUAAACUUCUUUUUGCUUAGUUGUGGCUUGGUAUGACGGAAAAAAAGUUUAGUGAACUAUCAAAAAAUAAUUACUCAAAUUCUUCGAGCGAUAUCGCAUCCGAGCAAAAAAAAAUUAAAAUGUCUAGUUACUAGGAAACAUUUUUUACCCCGCGGUUGAACUUUUGAUGAAACUUUGCUGAAGUGUACUUUAGGACCCCUGAUUCUAGAAAAAGAAGAAAAUUUCUCGCAAUCAAUCUCGUUUUCGAGUUAGGACACUUCAAAAGCUCGAAAUAGAGCUUUUUUGGCCUAAUUUGCGUAUAUUGCACACUUUGAAGCUCCAUAACUCAGAAACAAGAUCAAUUGCAAGAAAUUUUCUUCUUGUUCUGGAAUUAGGGGGUCCUAAAGUACAUUUCAGCAAAGUUUCAUAAAAAGUUCAACCGGGGGGUAAAAAAUGUUCCCUGGUUAGAUAAUUUUCGUGUUUUGAAAUACUUCCUAAUUUUGAGAAUUAUAUUUUGAUUUUUUUUUUUCAGAACUUUUUGUUGUGUUUGAAAAAAUAAGAAAAACUGCUUUUUUGUUUUUUUCAAAGCAAGAAGCUAUUUUUUUUGAACUCAGGUUUCUGAAAACAAUCCUAAUCGUGUCUCCAGCUUUUCUCAAACUCCUUUUGAUAGAGACUUUCCGUUAGAGUGGACAACUUCAUAACUUUUAGAGGCUUUUGACCACUUUUCAGUCAAGUUGUUGUCACAGUCGCCUUCCUUUUGUUCCUCUGGCCCCUGUAGUAUUGAUCGGCGCCUAGCAGGCUCUCCCGAUCAAAGCCAACGGCAGUCGGUUCCCCGUGCGCCCUGUGUCGCAUCCACAGUCCACGCGCGAAGAAAUAGCAUGGGGAAAAGACUUUGCCUGCGUCCUGGCGCCCUCUUUUCGGCGCAGAUCUCUCGUCUAUUUUCGUUCCUCCGCCGCAGGGGCCGACUACGGUAUUCUAGUCGGGCGAAAAUCAUUUGACUUUUUUCAAUGCUUCGUACUGUUGGUGUUGUUUCACAGUUUUCUCUUCUCCUUUGCGUGGUUUCAAGUCUAAAUAAGUGUCGAAGCAGAAGCCAAAGCUUUUAGCAGCGGCACUGUCUUUGAACUUUUGUGCAUCGGAGAACACAGUCUACCAUCCUAAUGCUUCUAAGAAGCUCUCGAAGCUUUUACAAAUGUGUUGGUUUUUUCAGAGCUGUCGGAAAGGAUUGAGGCCUACUACCGUGAUGUCCAGAAGACCGAGAUAGAGAUCCGGAAGCAGUUGGAGAUGGAGAAGAUUGACGAGCAGUGGGAGACUGACUCGGAUUCCUCAGUCGUCACGGUCUACGAUGCAAAUUGUGAGUUGCGUAAAAAAAAAGAUGAGGAUUGAGUUCUUUUUAGCUCCAAUCUUCGAACCGCGUCUUCUGCGCCGUUUUCACAUGCACCCCAACCCGAGCUUGAACGUUGAAAUUCGUCCUUUCAGGAUGGCCGACAUGCAAAGUUGCCUUCAGUGAGUACUUUCUUUCUUAAAUUUUUCGACUCAUCCAAAAUAGGACUCAUUCAGAAGCGUAUGUAAAUUCAAAGCAAAAACUUUUGAAGUUUAAUGAUUAAAGUCAAAGUUUAAAUACAAAUCUUAAAAUCAAAAACAUCUAAUUUUCGAGCUAUUAGACGAGUAGCUCAGCAAGUCAUAAUUUCAACUACUUUGGAAAUUUUUUUCAGAUGUUUCCAAGCCGCGUACAGUGGCAUCUAUGAAAAGCUCAACAACGAGUUCGCGAAAGUUGGCAAGCAGAUCACUUUCAACGACAUCAAUGCUGAAACUCCCAUUUCAAUCGUCGCUGUCCUCAAGGGGUUGGUAGAAUAAAUGAUCUUUUUCAAUAAAGUAAAUGAGCAAAGUUUCGAAGUUUUGAAUUCUUCUCGCGAAGUGUUUGUUUUCUCAGUUGCUCGCACACUCUAGAAAUUCCUUUGAGAGCAUUUCAAUUCGUCAUUUUGCAGAACUGACGUGGUGCUCGGAUUCAUCGGAGGCAAACACUUGGCCUAUGGCUUCCAGUCUGACUUCGUUCAUCUGCGCGCCUUGGUCGUUCGUCCAGCCGUCCGUCGCAAGGAAGUCGGCACGAUGCUCGUUUCCGCUCUGUCUCGCGUCGCUUUCGAACUGGUAGGUCUUCUCAUCUGGUUUUCUUCUUAUUCCAAGCACGAAAAUAAGGAUAGUGAGCCUUAGCCAUCUAUUUUUCCAAGGCUGGUCAAAACUUUGAUUUUCGUGAUUUCAAAAAGAAAUAAAUUCCAUCAAAUUGUUUUCAUCAGUUUUUCUCAGUUUGAUAAAUAAGUUAUUAAUAAAAUUUUUUUAAUUAGAUAACUAUUUUUGGCCAUAACUACGGAAGGCUUCUAGGCUUUUGAGUCCAACUUUCUGAAAUCUAAAAGAAAAUGAGAAAAUCGGUCGUUGCUUCAUGAAAAAUGGAUGACAUCAAAUUUGGCGUUCUUUUUGGUCAUUUCAUAUUUUCUGCAGAAGAAAAUCUUUUUUGAGCUAACUAUAACGAUAUAUUCAAAUUGAAGUCUCACAAAGCAAAGUUUGAAUUCGGUCAGAAAAAAAGUUCACUGACGACGCAGGUGCAAAAUUUUCGACGCACAAGGAAAAAAGUGUCCCAUUGUCCCCUACUUUUUUUCUCUGCCUUCGAGCCAGUCAGUUUCAAAUUUGAACAUAAGGAAUUUUGCAGAGGGCCAAGUACAUUGUCCACGGCUUCACUGGGAGCCACUCGCUGACGAUGCUGAAGUUUCUGAAAAAUCACGGCUUCAAAGCUAUUGAUGACGACGCUCUGAUGGACGUCAACGGAGUGGUUCUUGGACGUCGUCUCGGCUGGCUUGGAGAGGAAGACCGUGGCGUCUCGUUCCGAAUUGAUCUCGUGCUCCAAUCGGUGAAAGAGAAUAAGGCCUACGAGAAGACCCGUAAGAGAAAGGUCGACAAUCGUACUUUUUUCGAGAAAGCUCUCGAGGACGGUUACAUCUCUGAGAAAUAUUCAUAUCCCCUGUAA